AUGCUGAGUGAUGCAUCUGCAGUCAUCUACAUCGUGCUUGAGCUGGUGAUCGCCGUGCUGGCCGUGCUGGGCAACGUGCUGGUCUGCUGGGCGGUGUGCCUCAACAGCAACCUGCAGAGCAUCACCAACUUCUUCGUGGUGUCGCUGGCCGUGGCCGACAUUGCCGUGGGCGUGCUGGCCAUCCCCUUCGCCAUCACCAUCAGCACGGGUUUCUGUGCCCACUUCUACGGCUGCCUCUUCAUCGCCUGCUUCGUCCUGGUGCUCACCCAGAGCUCCAUCUUCAGCCUCCUCGCCAUCGCCAUCGACCGCUACAUCGCCAUCAAGAUCCCCCUCCGGUACAACAGCCUAGUGACAGGCCCCCGCGCCAGAGGGAUCAUCGCCAUCUGCUGGGUGCUGUCGGUGGUGAUCGGCCUGACGCCCAUGCUGGGCUGGAACAAGCACACGGAGCCCACCAACAGCUCCUGCCCUGCGGGCAUGAUGGCCUGCCUCUUCGAGGAGGUGGUGGUCAUGGACUACAUGGUCUACUUCAACUUCUUCGCCUGCGUGCUGGUGCCCCUGCUGCUGAUGCUGGCCAUCUACCUGCGCAUCUUCAUGGCGGCGCGGCACCAGCUGAAGCUGAUCGAGCUGAAGGCGGUGCACGGGGAGAAGUCGCGCUCCACGCUGCAGAAGGAGGUCCACGCCGCCAAGUCGCUGGCCAUCAUUGUGGGGCUGUUCGCCGUCUGCUGGCUGCCCCUGCACAUCAUCAACUGCUUCACCCUCUUCUGCCCCCGCUGCGCCCGGCCGCCGGUCUGGAUCAUGUACCUGGCCAUCAUCCUCUCGCACGCCAACUCGGUGGUCAACCCCUUCAUCUACGCCUACCGCAUCCGCGAGUUCCGCCACACCUUCCGCAAGAUCAUACAGCGCCACCUGCUGGGCCGGCCGGAGCACUUCGAGGCAGGCGGCGGGAGCACCCGCACGUCCACCCGCACCAGCAUGGCGGACUCCUGCAGCACCAAGGUGAAUGGCUUCGCGCUGGACUCGUAUGCCGAGCACAGCAGCAACAGCAGCAGCGGUGGCGGGGGAGGGGGAGCGGCGGCCUCCGACCCCUGUGCCAGCCACAAAGCCGCCAGGGGGCCCCUGGCCAAGGGGGCAACGCCCGGCACCCCCUGCCCCCCAUCAGGGUUCAUCCCCAACGCUCACUUUGUGGACGUCCCCCUGACCCCCCAAAUGAGGCAGCCGCUCCCGCCCCCACCCCCACCGCACGUCGCAGGACGUCCCAUGCAGAACGGAGACAAGCGCCACGCCCCCCUGGCGGCAGAGGUCACGGAGGUGAAGGAGAGCAAGGAGUUCUCUCCCAUCCAGGUGAAAUCGCUGUUCUUCACACAGACAGGCCGCUGUCCGGAGCUCACGCAGGUGUCCUGA